UGGUCGGCUGGUCACGUGACGUUGGUGACGCAGCUGUCUGCAGCGACGUGGAGUGAUGGCGGCUACGUCCCUGUGACAGGAGAGGAAGGAGGCUGUGUGGACAGAGAGCGGGCGGCCCAGGUGUCCCUGGUAGGAAUGAACAGGUCGCUGCACUUCUAGCAAGAUGGGUGCCAACAGCAGCACUAUAAACGAACUGUCGGAGAAUGACUACUUAAAGAAGCUGUCGGGAACCGAGGCCAUUUCUGAGAAUGAGCCCUUCUGGAACCAGCUGCUGUCAUUUACCUUCAGUACUCCGACUAACAGCACCGACUGCAAACUUUUGGAAGAAGCGACCAUCUCCAUUUGCAAGUCGUUAAUUGAGAACAACCCCAGAACAGGAAAUUUCGGCGCUCUAAUUAGAGUAUUUUUGUCAAGGACGAAGGAACUGAAGAUAUCAGCAGAAUGUCAGAAUCAACUCUUCAUCUGGCAAGCCCACAACGCCCUAUUUAUAAUCUGCUGUCUACUGAAAGUCUUCAUCUCCCAAGUCUCUGAGGAAGAGCUGCUACUUCACUUCUCAUAUCAGAAGAAGGACCCUGGAUCAUAUGAAUCUGACAUUGAAGACCUUCUGGAAGAACUGCUGCUUUGCCUCAUCCAUCUGAUUGUAGAAGUUCCUCUUCUUGAUAUAACCUACAGCAUCCUGCUAGAAGCCAUCACUACUCUCGUAGUGUUCCUGUCCUACCAGCUCUUCCGUAAGGAGAUCAUCCAUGAAAGCAUGGUCCACAAAUACCUGAUGCAAGGCCGCUGUCUUCCUUACACGAGUCGACUGGUGAAGACGUUACUGUAUAACUUCAUCAGACAGGAGAAAAGCCCGCCGCCGGGAUCCCACGUCUUCCAGCAACAGGCAGAUGGGGGCGGUCUGCUCUAUGGCCUGGCCUCCGGGGUGGCAAGCGGUCUGUGGACGGUUUUAACCUUAGGAGGAGUUGGCAGCAAACCAACUGCCGUACAAGAACAGUUCUCGCCCCUUGCCAACCAAAGUCUGCUCCUCCUGCUGGCCCUAGCCAACCUCACUGAUGCUUCUGACUGCCCCAACCCAUUCCGACAGGCCAUAAUGUCCUUCAGGAACACACAAGACAGUUCAGUGCCACCCAGCCCGAGUCCUCACUCCUUCCAGAUAAAUUUCAACAGUCUGUACACUGCCCUGUGCGAGCAGCAAAUGUCCGACCAGGCCACACUCCUCCUGUACACGUUACUGCACCAGAACAGCAACGUCCGCACCUACGCCCUGGCCCGCACUGAUAUUGAAAGCCUUGUUCUGCCCAUACUGGAGAUUUUGUACCAUGUAGAAGAACGUAAUUCCCACCAUGUUUACAUGUCUCUCAUCAUCCUUCUCAUCCUGACUGAGGACGAUGGGUUCAACCGAUCCAUCCAUGAAGUGAUACUAAAAAACAUCACUUGGUAUUCGGAACGUGUGCUGACAGAAAUCUCUCUGGGUAGUCUUCUCAUUCUGGUGGUUAUCAGAACCAUUCAGUAUAAUAUGACUCGCACACGGGACAAGUAUCUUCAUACUAAUUGUUUGGCAGCUCUGGCCAACAUGUCCGCCCAGUUCCGCUCCCUUCAUCAGUAUGCUGCGCAGAGGAUCAUCAGUUCUGCCUGCCGCCACUUGCGGAGAUACUUAUAUGUACUGGACAAAAUGUAUUUUCCUCCCUCUCACUGCUCCACGCUGCAGCAUUGCUUCACGAGCCUCAGUGACAACGGAGAGGAGCUGUUGUCUUUAACUUGCUCUCAUAUUCUCCGGUCCUAUGCCUCCAGUGGGAUGGAUGGAUACAGAACAUUUGCAGUUCCCCAUCGGUACAACUAUACCACUUGUAGCUAA